CAUUUUGAAAUUCCUUCUGCUGUCACGUCGCGAACAUACUUGCAGAAAUAAUAAAAAUACACACAUUUACUUCUUAAAUUAUACGCAUAUAAAUUAACAAAGAUGCCGGCGACCGAGGUUGUGUUAUCAGAAGACAAAUUAGGAAAGAAAUUGGACCAGUGUAUAUCUGACACAAUUGUCAAAGGAUGCGGCGGUCUUGUUAUUGGUUCAGUGGCGUCUCUAUUAUUCUUUAAAAGACGAGUGUGGCCUGCAUUUGUGGGCACUGGUUUUGGAGUGGGUGUAGCGUACAGUACUUGCGAAAAAAGCUUAAACUCUCUGAAAUGAAUGUAAUACCAGUCAAACUAUAAUUAAAACGAAAAUGUUAAUGUAAUAUAAUUGCAAUAAAUGUAAUAGGCAAAAUCUUGUACAUUUCUAAUAAUAA